CUGUCAUCCUCACAAUAAAUGUUCAGUCUUCAUUUUGGUGUCAACAAGAACAGGCUAUUUAGUGAAUAUGGCUCCGCCAUUUGUUUGUGUAACUGAUUUUGAAGAAGAGGCCCACAAGAUCAUAGAUAAGAAGGCUCUAGAUUAUUAUCGCAGCGGUGCCGGGGAGCAAUUUUCAUUGAACUUGAACCGAGAAGCAUUUCGUAGGCUGAGAAUUCGCCCUCGUUGUUUGAGAGAUGUUUCCAAAUUGGAUACCAGCUGCACUGUUCUGGGCCAUCAGUUGAAAUGGCCGGUCGGCAUUGCUCCCACAGCUAUGCAGAAAAUGGCCCAUAAUGAUGGCGAAGGUGGAAAUGCAAAAGCGGCGGGUGAAAUGGGCACCAUUUUUAUUCAGAGUACCCUUUCGACGAUGUCAAUUGAAGAGGUCGCACAAACUGCUCCAGAUACCAUCAAAUGGUUUCAACUCUAUGUCUACAAGGAUCGUUCCCUAACUGAACAAAUUCUACGACGUGUUGAAAAGGCCAACUUCAAAGCUGUUGUGCUUACCAUUGAUGCACCCAUUUUUGGUCAACGCUGGGCUGAUGUUCGCAAUAACUUUAGUCUGCCUUCGCAUUUGCGUUUGGCAAACUUCGAUACACGCUCCAGCCAAUCCGAUGGUGUCCACAGUGAAGAAGGCACAUCGGGAAUCAAUGAAUAUGUUGCCAGUCAAUUUGAUGCCACCCUCACCUGGAAAGAUGUUGAAUGGCUGGUGAAGAGCACCUAUCUUCCGGUUAUUGUUAAAGGUGUCCUAACCGCCGAAGAUGCCAUUCUGGCACGUGAAUUUGGUUGUGCUGGUGUUAUUGUUUCAAAUCACGGAGCCCGACAACUCGACUAUGUACCGGCCAGUAUUGAAGCUCUACCCGAAGUCGUUAAAGCUGUCGGGGAUGAUAUUGCUGUUAUGCUGGACGGUGGCGUACGUCAUGGUAAUGAUGUGUUUAAGGCUUUAGCUUUGGGUGCUAAGAUGGUGUUUGUUGGACGCCCCGCUGUAUGGGGUCUUGGUUGUGGUGGAUCAGCUGGUGUAAAGGAAAUGUUAAAGGUAUUGAAGAGAGACUUUGAAAUUACCAUGGCUUUGGCAGGUUGUCAAAAACUAAAGGACAUUCAGAAAAAUAUGGUAGUACAUGAAUCGCAAUAUGCAAAAUUGUAA